AUGACGAUCCUUGGUUUAUGCAACUUUGCUGCUCCUGGAAUCUGGGUUGCGAUCAACAGCCUCGGCGGCGGGGGAGAGCAAGAGCCCUAUCUGGUGAAUACGAGCAAUGCCUUGACCUUUUGCUUGAUGGUCCUAUCGUGCUGGUUCUCUGGAACCUUUGUUCACUACAUUGGCAUAAAAGGAGCCUUGGUCUUCGGCACGUUGGGAUUUCCUUUCAUGGCCGCGGGGCUGUUCCUGAACAACAAACACGGCGUAUCAUGGCUCGUCAUCGUUGGAGCAGCGCUAUGUGGCAUAUCUGCGGGCGUUUUCUGGAUGGCUGAAGCCGCCAUCGCAAUCGCAUACCCGGAGCCCUGGAACCGUGGCAAGGCAUUAGGCUACUGGAUGACAUACAGGCUGGCGGGCCAAGUCUUGGGCGGCGCCAUCAACCUCGGCCUGAACGCUGAUCGUGACGAGGCCGGCAAAGUCUCCGCGACUGUCUUCAUAAUCUUCAUCACCAUCGAAUGCUUGGCUCCGUUUGUAGGCCUACUUCUAAACAGCCCUGGGCAAGUCGAGAGAGAGGACGGUAAAAAGGUCAAGCUCAGUAUCGACGAGAGGAAUCCAUGGCCAGAGAUCAAGCGGACGACAAACACUUUUCUCACCAAGAAUUUCUUGUUGCUUAUUUUAUGGAUUGGACAGGCAGUCUUUGGAGAAGCUGUGUACUUCACAUAUCUUUCACUAUGGUUUACGGUCCGAGCCAGAGCUCUUGGGUCUUUUCUCUCUGGCAUUGUCGCAGUUGCCUCCGGGAACGUUCUAGGGUAUUGGCUUGAUCGGUCGAACGUCCCCUUGAAGACAAGGGCCAGAUGGGCAUUCUGGACCAUUGCCGCACUCCACGGUGGCUUCUGGCUCUGGUGCACCUACAACGUGACCAUUUUCAAAGAAUCUCGGCCAAUGUACGACUGGGGAACGCCCGGGUUUGGAGCUGCGUUUGGCGUCUUUGUCCUCCUCAACCUCUCCUUCCACCUCAACUACAUGUUUCUCUACUUCAUCAUGCAACACCUGUCCAACAAUGAAGAGGAAGUUGUUCGAUACUCCGCUAUCCUGAGAGCAACCGAGUCAGCCUGGCAGGCCAUUAGCUAUGGUAUCGGCUCCCAGACUGUCAUAGCCGAGUGCGGCGCUGCAUACAUCAAUUUCGGCCUCUGGGGGAUCGCUAUUUUCCCUGCUUGGCUUGUGCUCCGAAAGAUUGGUACAGGAGAGCUGACGUCCUCCGCGACUGAGCCGGAAGAAACGACCACCGAGGUUGAGUACCUGAGCGAAGCGCCAGCAAGCAAGCAAGCAUGA